AUGUCGGGGUUCGAGAUCGUUGGCGUCGUUUUGGGCGGACUCCCUCUAGCGAUUGACGCAGCAAGAGGCCUCGAAUCCUACCUCAAGGGAAUCAAAGCAGCAUGGCUGUUUCGAAGGCAUUUCAAGGAAUUCAUUCGAGCAAUCACACUCGAGGAAAUAUUCUUCAUCCAGAACCUCGACUUGCUCCUGACGCCACUUGACCUCUCCGAUCGCGAGCGCCAAUCACUUAAAGAUUCGCAGACAUCGAAUUUCUGGCAUCAUCCAGAUAUCGUGAAUAAGAUCAGACAACACCACAAAUAUUCACUACCAGUUUGCAUACAGUUUCUGCGAGAGUUAGAUGACUCGCUGAAUGACCUGUACAAGAUUCUGCCCAUUAAAAAUGGGAAGGUGUCUUUACCACCACCGGGCACCGUCGAAUCUGAAAUUCUCAGGCUCUGUGUCAGCUUCUCCCAAAACAAGAAAACAAUUCUUAAAAGCAUCAACAAAACAAACAAGGAACUAGAGAGACUUCUGCACAAUACCAAUAGCAUCGCAUUAAUGUCACGUUCCAGACCAACUUCCUCGAAAUUGAUGGAUGUGAGCCCCUUCAUAAAACUUCAACAAGGGUCGCAAGCACUCUUUCGAGCAUUGAAGUCCGGAUUACGCUGCUCCUGCAAGGACCAACACAGAUGCGGCCUCUCGACCCAGUGGGAAAAGUCCAAGCUAUGUAUGUCAGGCCCAACUUUGAACCUCCUAAUCGACGACCCUCAGGGACGUAAGCAGGUCAGAUGGGAAGUGGAAGCGGCGGAUCGGUCGGCACCGUCAGUGAACGGGGACAUGCAACACGACAUAAACCAUAUUCAUGAGUUAGACCGCCAAGUCGAUUUUCAAGAGCAGAAGAAAGGUUUCGUCAAGGCAGCACAAGACGGCAGCACCGCACUACUCGCAGUCUCAGCUAUUGCGACAGCAGCGAAUCCCAAAAACAUGAAGCCGGAAAGAAUCUGGACAAACAGCCGGAGAAAACUGACGAAGCCUGUCAAGGCUGUCAAAUCAGCCCUCAAGAGCUCGACAUCAAGUUCGUCUACCCAGGUAAAAACUAUUCAGAUUCAAGUGGGACAGUUACAAGUCACCCAGCCCGCACGACCUCAAAAACGAGUCCAGAUGGCCGUGUCCCCUACUCCAACGAAAGGAAACGCUCCCGUCACCAACAUUUGCAGAUUCAUUCAGACGGCUCCCCAGAACGACAAAUUCCUAGGCACGAUAGAGGCAGAUCACCACGACAUCGGACUCUAUCUCGAACCGAGGUCACAGAGGCGGCUAUUGGGCGCUCAGGACGAAACGAUGGAGGCAUUUUGGACAUCGACCAAAGAUCCCUCUACUCGCCUAGGAGUUGGCCUUUCAAUGGCUGUUACACUCCUCAGCCUCGGGACAUCAGCCUGGGUUCCGCGAAGUUGGACCCGGAAGGACGUCUUUCUGAUGCAAUGUGGCAAGGACAAGAACGACCGGGGGCUGAUCUUCGGUCCUUAUUUCAACCAUAGAUGUCUGUCAACCACACUACAAAAGGACCCAAUGAGCGCGGAAUCUCACGCAGAAAUGGCACUCUUCGCACUUGGAGUAUUCCUACUGGAACUGCACUACCAGGAGCCUUUAGAGAAGUGCCCAUACUGGGCCUUUCAUUGUCCGGGUGGUAAGCAAGAUGAAGGCACUCCUAAAGCAGCUGCUCAUGAUUGGUAUGAAGAGCUUGCGAUGGAUCCAGCCUUGGAAGAGGGCCUAGCUGAACCCAUAAGACGGUGUAUCGGAAUCAAAUUCUCAACCAUUGCAGACCUAGGAAGUAGUGAGUUUCUGAGGGAUGUGGUCGAGACCGUAGUACAGCCCCUGGAGGAGUAUAUUGACAAAUUGAGUGGGGGAACUGGAUAUUAA